GGUGAGUUUAGAAAUGAACAUGUCACACACGCCCUUACAUUGUGCAGCCUAUUUCCUUUGCUGAACUUCACUGAACAACAGAUGACUCAACUCCGCAGCACAGCCUCUACAUGUGCCGCUCAAUAGAAAAUGUGGCUCAUCAAGGUCUUCAGUGUCAUAUAUUUCAUUGCUGUUUGUGCAGCUCAGGGUGAUGAAGAUGUCACCGCCGUGUUCAACUCCGUCAUUCCAACCACUGUUCUGCCAGUGGUAUUUACAACUACCUAUGAGCCUCCUACACCGACUCUGGAGCUACAGUCAACCUGGUUGGAUGUGUUCCCUUCUGAGAAAGUAAAGUUCAGUUGUAGUAUCACUGGCAGCUCUGACUGGACCUUCACCUGGUUCAGAAAUGGUACUGAAGUCCAAUUAGAUUCAAAUGUGUCUGCAGAGGGAUCAGUGCUUACAAUUACUGCAGCAGAAAUACAUUCUGGAAGUUAUUCCUGUAAAGGUCAUCACAAAACAAAAGGCGUUUCCUCUGCAGUUAGUAACUCACAUGAACUCAAAGUUUCUGCAAACAAGCCCAAGCCCGUUGUAAGCCAAAAUCCAAACCAUGACAAGAUGUUUCCCGGAGAGUCUGUCACCUUCACAUGCGGGAAUGUUUUGUCCACUGGAUGGGAAUAUCUGUGGUACCAUAAUGGAAGCAAAAUUGAAGUAUCUGGUAGUGACCAUACCAUUUCUGUAGAUUAUUCAAAGAGUGGACAGUAUUACUGUAAAGCCAAGAGAGGCAAAGACCCAUUCUACACAGAGGACAGUGAAAUAACAACUCUGAAGGUCUCUGACCCACCUAAACCUUCCCUAAAGCUGCUGUCUCCCUGGACGAAUGUGUUUGAAAAUGAGACAGUGGAGUUCUUGUGUGAAGUGGACAGCCCUGACUGGAAGCCCACCUGGUACUACAAUCAGAUGCAGCUACCGAAGGACUUUGACGUGAGCCUGGAUCCAGAGGGACUUUCACUCAACAUCACCUCGAUCACUCAGGACUAUCAAGGAGAUUAUGCCUGCAAAGCUGACCACCAUUCCAGGAAAAUAAGCUCUGGAUUCAGCGACAAAAUCAAUAUCAACGUUUAUGAAAACCUACCAAAACCAACCUUGAGCAAGGUCCCUGGUUUUAACGAGAUGUUUGUUGGAGAAACAGUGAUAUUCACUUGUAAUGUUGAUGUGUCCACGGGUUGGAAUUAUCAGUGGUACAAAGACGGAAAAGAUCUCACUAAAACAGACAAAACCCUCAGCAUCCCUCUUGGUCUUUCAAAUGGGGGGAAAUACUCGUGCAUGGCCACCAGAGGCGAAGUAACAUCAACAGACAUCAGUGAUGAAAUACCACAAGUUGUUCGUGAAAUUCCAGUUCCUGUUUUGACACAAGAAACACCGUGGUUGGAUGUGUUCCCCAGUGAGAUUGUAAAGUUUAGCUGCAAGAUUAUUGACGGGUUGGACUGGAUUUAUACAUGGUACAAAGACGGACAGGAACUGGUUGAGUCGAAUAGAGCUACUCUUUCCAUCAGCUCUGCUUCAACUGCAGAUGCAGGACAAUAUACCUGCAUGGGGCGAGGGAAGGACAGGUCUGUCAACAGCAAAUCUAGUUCUGCACGUAAUCUCAGAGUAUAUGAGAAGCAACCCAGUGUCAUACUGGUGCAGGAUCCAGACUACCAGGUGAUGUUCCCUGAAGAGUCAGUCAACUUUAGCUGUCAUAUUAACAUCUCCACUGGAUGGGAGUACUCGUGGUACAAAGAUGGCAGUCAACUGAGCAAUCCAGCUGGAGAAAAUAGAAACGACUAUAUGGUCAGCUCUGUUAAAACAACAAACCAGGGUUCAUAUACAUGCCAAGCAAAAAGAGGCUCAUUCACUGCCUCUAGUCAGGAUAUACGCCUUCAAGUUGAAAAGAACAAGCCAAAGCCUUCGAUUACUCAACAGCCAAAUGUUAACAAGGUGUACACUGGAGAGUCAGUGUCCUUUGAAUGUAAAGUUAAACUCUCGCGUGGUUGGGAGUAUUGCUGGUACAAAGAUGGAGAAGCUCUCUCUAUCAGCAGCAGUAGUUAUAACAUCCCUGAUGCCAAAUUAUCAAACAGCGGGACUUAUAAGUGCAUGGCUACAAGAAGAAGCAAAACAAUGUACAAUACAACACACAGUGAUGAACAGAUCUUGCACGUAAUUGAAAUUCCCGUUCCAACUUUGAAGCAAGCUACAAAAUGGUUGGAUGUGUUCCCUUCUGAAAGUGUGAAGCUGAGCUGUGAGAUGGACGGCAGUUCUGACUGGACAUAUACAUGGUGCAAAGAUGAACAGAUUGUCCUGCCUGAAAAUGGUAUAUCUUUUGACUCGGAUAAAACUACUCUUUCCAUCCACUCUGCUUCAGUCUCACAUCGUGGACAAUACAAAUGCUCAGGAAAAUUCAAAAGCAGGCCCGUCAACAGCAGCUUCAGUUCUGAACUAACACUUUCCGUUUACGAUGAAAAACCCAGAGUCAUACUGGUGCAAAAUCCCAAUCACAGAGUGAUGCACACUGGAGAUUCAGCUUCGUUUAGCUGUCACAUUAAUGUCUCUUCUGGAUGGGAGUACCUGUGGUACAAAGAUGGCAGUCAACUCACCGAAUCUCAAAACAAUCAUACCAUCCCUUCUGUUCUGACAACACACACCGGAUCAUAUAAAUGCAAAACUAAAAGGGGAGACUUUCAGUCAGACCCGAGUCAGACUAUAAGUCUAGACAUUAAAGAGCGCCCAAAGGCUGAUAUAAUCCUGUUAACUGGCUGGUCUGAGGUCUUCUCCACUGACAGCUUGGUGCUCAAAUGCGGGGUGGAGGAAAACCAGGAGAACAUGUGGAACUACACAUGGUUUAAAGAGGACAAAGCCAUCGAUCGCCCGCACUCUGAGAGACAUACAGUCACACCCCAGAAUGACCCUGAGCAGAGUCUGUACACCUGCCAGGGCAUUCGCACCGGGAGACCAUCAUAUUCAAAAAAGAGUGAUCAUUUCACGACCAAGAACCUUCUUUUGAAAAGGAGGGUGCUUCUUUCCAUCUCUGGCUGUAUCUUUUUUGGCAUCAUUGCCGUCUUCCUUGGAUGCAUCAUCCUCAGAGUCAUCCGCAAACCAGCUCAAGAUGAAUAUAAACCAGAAGAGGCAGACCUGUUUCUCAACAUGUCUCAGCUAAAGGGCAGUGAUGAUGCACCCUUUCCACUGGUUCAGUACAUCACUGACGCAGCACUGAAUGCUCCAUCUAAAGAAGAGGAUGAGAAUGGCGCGAUUUGCAGUGAAACGACACCAUUACCAAUAACAUCGGAGGAAGACCAAGCUGUUACAACUGAGAGCCAAGAUGCAACAGAAAACAACGGUGGGCUGGUUUCCUUUAAACAAUGAGUCACCGAAGCAGUGGAUUAGUUUCAGGCAAAAAAAUGUAAAGAUUGGCCAAAGAGAAAGGUGAAACUUUAUACAGUGACCAUGAUAAGACAUCUAAGACUCAUCUUGUCUCAGCUCAAUAUGGUCAGACUGAUGUUUGCAUCAGUCUUAAAGUACAGCUGAGGAUCAUUAGGAUUGUCUGUACCAAAUUUAGAAUAUUUGAUGAGAUAUUAUACUGUGUUACAAAUGUGUGCAGAUUUGUUUGGCACAGCACAAUACUGUUGAGAACUGUAAAUAUUUCAAUUCAUAUUACUGUAUCGAUUAAUUGACUGUUAAACGUACUGUUAAAAUAUGAAACAUUAUUUAUGUGAUAGGCAUCAAUCGUAUAUUGUUGUAUUGUACAUAUAUGUGUAUUUUUAGUUUUCAAUUAUUGUAUGCACUGUACAUAGCCUUUGUGAUGAUCUGUAGGAUAGUUUUUCAAUUCUUAGAACAACCACCAGAUGUCAGUAGAUACAAGUUCUCCAAAGCUUAGUGACCAGUUGGAUAUUGCAUAUUUAUCUACAGUGCAGCUACAGAAAUGCCAUUCAAAUAUUUGUUUUAAACCUUACCCUAUGAAAUUAUGAAAAUAAAAAAUACAAAACUUU